CUCACCUUUUGACUUAUCAGCCUAAGAGACCUUAUAGAGAAUGUCAGAAUUCUGAAAAAUUAUCAGUUCAGAAAGGAAAGAGCAUGUGAGUUUCAUAAUAAUAUGACUAUGGCUGGCAAGGUAGGUACUCCAAAGCGAGCAGUGCGGAGUAAUCACGCAUGUCGAUUAUGCAGGACCCGCAAGGUGAAAUGUGAUAGUGUCCAUCCAAUAUGUGGGUUGUGCCGAACAGAAAAUGCCCAGUGUGUGUACGAGCAGGAUCGACGACAGACAUCACGGGUGUCUCACAUUGUCAUUCAACGCCUCACGGAAAAGCUGGCAGAGGUAGAGGAAACGGUGCAUAGGCUAGAGCACAGCUUGUCGCAGCGACCAACCGGUCAAAUCCAGACUCCACCGGAUACUGGAAUAUCAAUUCUAUCUCCGACCCAUGCCACUUCCCAAUCGAUAGAUAACGUGCUUAUGGCCACAAUUCCGAACAAUAGCGAGGAGAGUAUAUUCAUCGAGGCUUCUCCGUCUGAUCAGAGCCUAGACGAAAAACAGACUACCCCUGCUGAGAUACAUACCGGGGUCGAGAACGAUGGAGGUCACAUAUCAGUAUACGGCCCAAGCUCAACAUUCAACCCUCCUCUUUCAAGUGCGGUUUAUCGACAGCCGCACCCAGCAAGCCUAGGGUUCAGUUUCCCCCAUAGUGCAGCGGGAUUGUCUCAGUCUGAUACUGAGGACACAACCGAAGAGCAAUGCCGUUUAUUUGCUAACUCGGCGUUUCAGAUCCAGAAGGAAUGGACGUAUAUGACCGAACGCAGAUUUGACCUGGACGGUCUUGAUUUUGAUACUGCCUGGCAUUUGCUCCAGAUUCAUUGGAAUCAUCACCAUCAAGCAUACUUGAUGACGUACCGGCCUGCAAUAAUGCACAGUCUGGCAACAAAUGGACCGUACAUCAACAAAUUACUCUUGAAUGCCAUUUAUCUGUCGUCUGCACUCAACAGCAAUCGCGACGAAUUACAUGACGGCCCAAGGGACCAACAAUCGCUCAGCACGAAGUUUUUCUCUCGCAUCCAGGAGCUCACCUUAUCUGAACUAGAGAAUUCGAGUGUCGCAAGCGCGGUUGCCUUCCUGAUUAUCGGCUCUAGCCUGGUUUCUGUUGGCCGUCAAACAGCUGGUUGGCACUACUCAGGCCUUGGGUAUCGAAUGAUUAUUGACUUGGGUUUACAUAUUGACCCGCAUAAGCUUCGAAUUUCCCACUCAGAUCCGUCGCAGCCUGUGCGAAGCUUUACAGAAGUCGACCUCGAACUGCAUCGUCGUGUGUAUUGGGGCGCAUACAUCAAUGACAAGUUCCAAGCGCUAUAUUUUGGGCGCCCACCAACUCUAACCGCAAUUGGCAUUGAGCCGUCAAGAGCUUAUCUAGAUAACUUUGAGGAGCUAGAGCUAUGGAAGCCCUAUGUUGAUCCAAGGUCAAGCGUUUCAUCAUCAUCUACAUUUCAACCCCAACCAGCUUAUUCCCUAUCAACAUUCCAAACCUUCAUAUACCUGACUGACAUCAUGACUGAUGUCGUGUCGAGCCUUUAUUCGCCUCAGGUGCAGUGUCUAUCCCAAGAAAGGAUUCUCGAGAUCGGUCGAGACUUGCAGGAAAGGCUCGAGACCUGGAUGUCGAAUCUACCCGACCAUCUGCGAUGGGAACCUUCCCAGGGGAAUGCACCGCCAGCACAUCGCUUCAAUCCGCCGUCUGUGGUCCCUUUCGAUUUGAACUUGUCUCAAGAUCAAACGCCAAAUUCCCUGACUAACACACAGUUCUUUGUUAUAGGAUGACCUUCCAUAUGCUACUUAUCCUCCUGCACCGACCCUUCCUGCCAGAAGGCCACCUCCGACAUCUCGGAGGUGCAAAUGAAAACAUGCAUCGUGAGAUCUGCCUCUCCUCAGCAUUUCAAAUAUACGAGCUAGCCAAACUUUAUCGAGACACCUUCACCCUCCGCAAAGCCACCUACAUGUUCUCCUACUGCCUCUUCUGCGCGGCCUCAAUAAUGCCCUUUGGGCCGUCGGGAUCAGUCGACCAUUCACAACGACACAUUGCCGGUUGGUUCUGGAUUGCACUUAAAGAGUUACAGAAGGGGGCCAAUUUUGGUUUGCGAAGGCCAAUCAUGAUCAUCCGGUCCCUCAUCGAGCAUGCCGGACUGGAUCUAAAUAGUAUUCUUGCACAGGCGGGGUCAACAUCUGCAUCUGCGCUGGAAACUGGGACGCCUAGUACCCGUACUAAUGGAGGUCAUCAUAGCCACUUUCUCG